CGUCCUUUCUACCCUACUUCUCACCAUCCAAAUUCCUAAAAUCUUCAAAGGCCGUCGCCAUUGCUCUCCGCUUACCCUGACAGUGAUGGGAUUGAGACAUUUUUCCUUCCCCAGAACCCCAUCAAACCCGAUUCUUCUAUGCUCAAUGAUCUGGUUCAUGACCUAUCGUUGCCAAGUUUUCAAACAGUUUAUUGGCGGUAGAAAUAAUUGAAGAUCGCUUUUGCUGGUAUCAUUGUCUUCGGGAAACAAGGCACAAAGUGUACUGCCUAGAAGAAAGAAAACUGCCCAGGUCCCUUGCAAUGGAUAUGGAGCUGGAUAAGAUCAGCAACUUGCCAGGACAUAUUAUAGACAAAAUUUUGUCACUGUUGUCAAUUAGGGAUGCUGUGAGGAUGAGUGUCUUGUCAAGCAAGUGGAGGUUCAAAUGGGUUACCCUUCCAUAUCUUGUGUUUGAUAAUCGGUGUGUUUCAAUUUCUUCCCAAGAUCAAACGCUUGUCAAGAAUAAGCUUGUGAACAUUAUUGAUCAUGUCCUCUUGCUUCACACUGGCCCAAUACACAAGUUCAAGUUGUCUCACCGAGAAAUCUUAGGUGGUAGUGACAUUGAUCGGUGGAUUCUAUAUUUAUCAAGAACCCCUAUCAGAGAAUUCACACUUGAAAUAUGGAAGGGUCAACACUACAAGCUACCUUCUUGCUUAUACAAUUGCCAAAGUUUGAUUCAUUUAGAGCUAUUUAAUUCUUUGCUAAAGCCUCCUCCAACGUUCAAAGGAUUCAUGAGCUUGAAGAGCCUUGAUCUUCAGCAUAUUAUCAUGGCCCAAGAUGCAUUUGAAAAUCUGAUUUCUAGCUGCCCUCUGCUUGAGAAGUUUACAUUGAUGAACUUUGAUGGUUUCACCCACCUUAAUAUUCAUGCUCCAAAUCUCCAAUUCUUUGACACCGGAGGUGUGUUUUAUGAUGUUAAUUUCAAGAAUACCUUCCUUUUAGCUACAGUUUCCAUUAGCUUGUAUGAGGAUAUAACAAAUGAUAAAAAUCUGGCUGAUGGAAAUUCUAGCAAUUUGCUCAAGUUUUUUGCCCAUCUCCCCCGUAUCCAGAGGCUUGAGAUACAGAGUUAUUUUCUAAAGUAUUUAGCUGCUGGCGAUGUGCCAGGGAAGCUGCCUGUUCCAUGCAUUGAUCUGACUCAUCUUUCCAUAUGCGUAAACUUCAGUUCUGUGGAGGAGAAUUUAACUGCUCUUUGCCUCCUAAGAAGUUCCCCUAAUCUACAAGAACUAGAAAUGUUGGCUCGGCCAGAGGAACAAACUCUUCUGGAAACAUCCACAACCCUUUGGAAAAAAGAACACUGGAAUUACUCCUUUGCCCACCUGCAGGUUGUGAAAUUAACUGGCAUCUCAGGUGUUGGACCCCAAUUGGAUUUCAUCAACUUUCUGCUUGCAUACUCACCUGUGCUUGAGAAGAUGACUGUUAAACCUGCUUCUGGGGAUGGAGCAUGGGAGUUGAUAAAGGACUUGCUGCGCUUCCGACGGGCUUCAGUACGAGCAGAAAUCAUUUACUUGGAUCCCUGAUUCAUGUGCUGCUUUUUGAAGCCCUUCUCUUUCAAGACAUCACGGAGAAAAAAGUUUUGUAUAAAUAUGUUAAAAUAGUAAAACGAGAUGUCUAUAAUCUGUAUCUUGUAUUUGUUUGCAGUGGACAGUGUAUAUCAUAGUGACCGACUCUUGUAAUUACUAUAUGUGGAAAUAUGGAAUUAGGCAAUGGCAUUUUGCAGUAUUAUUCUAA